AUGGGGGCUUGGGCCCUGCUGCUGCCUCUGCUCCUGGCCGCGGCCGGGGCUCAGGGCUGCUCCGUGAACCAGACCUACUUCGAAAUCAAGGAGAACACAAAGCCCAGUGGGUCCCUGGUGGACAUCCAGGUCCCUGAAGGCCAGCAGGUGACCCUCGGGCCUCAGUCCACCCCCGAGGCCUUUCGGAUCGAGGGGAACCAGCUGUUUCUCAAUGUGGAGCCGGACUACGAGAACACGACGAUGCUGCUGGCAAACCUGCAGUGCCGGAGAGGGGACACUGUGGUGUCCCAGCUGAACGUGUUUGUGACCGUGCUGGAUGUCAACGACAACCCUCCCGUGUUCCCCUUCGAGGUCAAACGAAAGGAGGUGCCCGAGGACACCAAAGUGAGAAGCAUCGUCAUGACCCAGGAGGAGCUGGCGGCCACCGACGGUGACCAGAACGACGUGCUGUUCUACACCCUCCAGGAGGUGACACCGGGAGCCGGGAGCGUCUUCUCCCUGGUGGGCACCAACUCCCCUGCCCUGCGGCUGGACCGGGCCCUGGACUUCGACAGGAACCAGAGCAUGACCCUCCUGCUGCGCGUGCGGGACACGGCGAAGGAGAACGACGAGCCCAGCCACAGCGCCACGGCCACCCUGGUCCUGGAGGUGCAGCCGGUGGACCGGAGGCCGCCCUGGUUCCUGCCCUGCCUCUACUCAGACGGGAACAUCUGCGUGGAGCCCCAGUACCAGGGUGCCAUCCCCACCGGCCACAAACUGCCAGCUCCGCUCACCCUGCGACCGGGGCCCAUCUAUGCCGUGGACGGGGACCGGGGCAUUGGCCAGCGGAUUGUCUACAGCAUCCUGCAGGGAAACGAAGGUGGCACGUUUGUCAUCAACGCCGACUCGGGCAACCUCACCAUGGCCCGGAGCGUCCCCAGCCCCAAAACCUUCCGUUUGCUGGUCAAGGGUGAGCAGGAGGACCGGGCCCGGUACUCGGUGGCCCAGGUCACGGUGGAGGCCCGGGUGGCCGCGGGGAGCUCGCUGCGGUUCCCCCAGAGCCUGUACCAGGGCGCCGUGCUCCUGGGCUCCGGGGUGGGCGUGGUCGUCAGCGAUGCCGCCGACCCCUCCCAGCCGCUGAGGAUCCAGGCCCAGGACCCCGAGUUCCCGGACCUCAACUCGGCCAUCACUUACCGCAUCACCAACAACUCCGACUUCGGGAUGGACGGGGAGACGGUGCGGGCGGCCGCCCCGCUGCUGCAGGCUGGCGUCUUCUAUGCGGAGGUGCAGGCCAACAACACGGUGACAGGGGGCACGGCCACCACCGCCCUGGAGAUCCGGGUCUCCGAGCAGAUGCCGCCCCCCACAGGCUCGCCCGGCGCUGGGGACGGUGGCCGCGGGGAGGACCAGCGCUUCUCGGCGGCGGAGAUGGGGGCCCUGGGCGGGGUGCUGGGCUCGCUGCUGGUCCUGGCGCUCCUGGCCCUGGCCAUCCUGGUGCACAAACACUACGGGGCCCGGCUCCGGUGCUGCGCCCGCAAAGCCCUGGAGCCCCAGCCCUACGGCUUCGACAACAAGGCCUUCCUCUCCGACAACCACGAGCCCAGCUGGUCUCCGGCUCCGAGCCCCGGCCCCGACCCCGGCCCCGACCCUGGCCCCGACCCCGGCCCCGACCCCGGCCCCGACCCUGGCCCCGACCCCGGCCCCAGCGGCGCCCCAGCCGAGGUCCCGCCCGCGCCCGCGGUGCCCUCUCCGCCCCCGUCCCCGCCGCCCGCGCUGCCCGCGCCCCGCUCCCCGCGCCCCGGCCAGGCCCCCGGCCAGGCCCCCGGCCAGGCCCCCGAGGCCUCGGCGGGCGUGAGGUCCAUCCUGACCAAGGAGCGGCGGCCCGAGGGCGGCUACAAGGCCGUGUGGUUCGGCGGCAGCGACGGGGCGGACGCCGACGUGGUGGUGCUCAACGCGCCCGUCCCGGACGCGGACGGCGCCGGCGACUCCGGCGGCGACUUCGGCGGCGACUCCGGCAGCGACUCCGGCGGCGACGGCAGCGGCGACGAGGGCGCGGACGCAGCACCGGGCUGGGGGCCCCGCGCCGACGCGCCGGGCAUCGACUCCACCUACAUCUAG